AUAGUAUACUUAGAUCUCUAGUAUAAUAGUGUAGAAAGAUAAAUAUGGCUGAUCCCACAAUAACUGUUCAGGCUCACUGCAAGCUGUUAUUGCAUGCAGCGAAAUAUCCCCAUGCAGCAGUAAAUGGAAUAUUGUUAGCUGAAGAUUGCAAAGGAAAAGAAUCAUCAAAAGGAUUAAAAUAUGUUGACUGUGUUCCUCUUUUUCAUGUUUCUUUGGGUCUUUCACCAAUGCUAGAAAUAGCACUGCUACAAAUUGAUGCUUACUGUAAGGGUAAAGGUUUAGUGAUAGCUGGCUACUACCAAGCCAAUGAAAACUACAAUGACAAUGAAAUUAAUCAUGUUGCCAGCACCAUUGGUAAAAAAAUCAAAGAAAACUUCCAUGAUGGUUAUCUGCUUGUGGUUGAUAAUCGUAAAGUGAAGUCCAACUGUGUGUCACAGCCAUAUAAAGUGUUUACAUUGAAAGAGAAUGGAUGGAAAGAAGUAGAUAAAAAAGGUGGUAAUUCAUCAGAAGAUGAAUUACAGAAAGAGGAAUGCCUUGAAGCUCUGUUAAUGUCUGGUGAACAGAGAAAAUUAAGAGAUUUUGAUAAUCAUCUUGAUGAUGUUCGAAAUGAUUGGCGUAAUCUAGAAGUCAAUGAUAUGAUAAAACAGCUAACCUAGUCCUUACAAAUGUUUUUUGUCUUUUAAUUUAUUCUUACACACUGCCACUAAUUUUAAAAAAAGGGGGGAAAGGGAAUAAUUAUCACUGUAACAAACAUAAAUAAAAUAUUAGAAGUUUCAUGCUGGGCAAUAUUUCAUGUGUAGCUGUGUGCGUUAUUGUAAUAAGUAGUAGAGUGGUCAGUGAGAGGGUCUCAAAUGGAAGGGAGGUAAUCAGGAAAAGUUCUGUACACCCAGUUUCAGUCCCUUUUUAUUAGUCUGUUUUAAGAAACUGUUUGUACUUUUGUGAACAUGAAUUCAAUUUCUUCUUGAUGUAGUUUUUUUUUUUUUU